GAGGAAGCAAAGGAUGACACAUGUGUAGGAUGUUGGCAUGUUUUAAGGAAAGACAAGUUGUCAUAGGCAGUUGGUCAACGAAAACACUAAUUUCAUGUGAGAGCAUUAAAACAAAGAAGCCACAACACUCCCAAAAUGGCCUCGAGUAAGGAAUCCCUUGGGGCCUUGGAGAGUCUGAUGAAUGAGUUUUUUGGGCCUGCUACUUCUAAUGACAGAAAGAGAGAAAUAGAGGAAAUCCUGAACAAUUUUACUCAGACAAAGGAUUCAUGGCAACACUGUCUAUACUACCUAAGCAACACCAAUAAUGAAUAUGUGAUGAUGUUCUGUCUGACUGCCAUUGAAAAUUUGAUUCACAAGCAGUGGGUUGGGUUCCAUGGACAAGCAAAGCUUGAAAUACGUACACGAUUGAAUCAGUUCCUGCUAGACCACCACAGUCAUUGUCCAUCCUUCAUAAAGUUUAAACUUGUCAAGCUUGUUGUGGACAUUGGUCGCAUAGAUUGGCCACACUUCUAUCCAGAUUUUUUCAGCAGUAUUUUGGAGUUGGUUCAGAGAUCCGACACUACCAUGUUGGGGAUAAUCCUGCUGCAUACAGCCUCGGAGGAGCUGGCCUCGCCACGUGAGGAUCUCAGCAUGGAUAGGAAAGAGGAACUACAGCGCCUCCUACUGGCACAAGUCCCAACUAUCCUUGGCAUCCUGAACACUACACUCGAAGCAAUACUGGAGAAGCAUCGACACCUGGUGGCUGCCACACCCCCUCCCUCACCCACACAUGGUGGGGACGACACUCCAUCUCAUAAAUCCUCUUGGAUGUUGUUCUCCUCCUCACCUGCAGCUGACAGUCUUCUUAGUAACAUGUUCAAGUCUCCUGGAAACCGUGUUCAGUUGGAAGCCUUACCUCCCUUAGAUGACUCUUCAAAGGAAGUGUGUAGUCUAGCCCUACGUUGCCUCACUGAGUACUUCAGCUGGAUUCCUUUGUCAUCCACCAUAACCCCUUCAUUACUUAGUACCAUAUUUCAUUUCGCAGGAUUUGGAUGUGAAGCCAAAAAAGUUCCUAAUUCAAAUCGGACAACAAACUUUAGUUCAGACACAUCCUCGCUGGGAAUUUGGGCGAUGAACUGUAUAAAUGAGCUUUUAUCAAAAAAUUGUGUUCCCCAGGAGUUUGAAGACUUUUUACUACAGAUGUUUCGACAGACAUUUUAUCUGUUACAAAAGCUUACCAAAGACAGUAGUACUAACGCCACAGGGAAUAGGCUGUCAGAAAUUGAUGAAAGUUAUAUUGAGAAAUUUACAGAUUUUUUAAAGUUGUUUGUGAGCGUUCAUCUGCAGAGAUUUGAAGCCAACAUACAAUUUCCUGUUUUGGAGUUUUUAGCAUUACUACUCAAGUACACCUUUAGACAGCCAACAUAUGAAGGAUAUUUUAACUGCCUAGACACCUGGAAUAUAUUCCUCGACUACCUACAUACCAAGUUAAAGGAGAGAACCACCAACAGCAAUCUACUUGUGGCCAGAUACCAGGAGGCUCUGUUGUCCCUAGUGUCCCAUAUCCUACAGAAGUUACAGUUCCGCUUCAAUCAGUCACAGCUGGAGGAACUGGACGAUGACAUACUAGAUGAUGAUUUUGAAACAGAAUGGCAACACUUUCUACGGUCAAGUUUAGAGGUGGUUGCCAAAGUGGCAGAAAUUCUCACCGCAGACGUUUUCCGGUUACUUUACGAGCCAUUCCAGGAACACUUAGAGAUUUACCUGGGACUUGAGCGCUACUUGACUAAUGGUGUACAAGGGCGACACCUGACAAUAACAGCAGAGAACGAGUGUCGUCGUCUACACUGCUCCCUCCGUGACUUAUCUUCCUUACUCCAGGCUCUAGGUAGACUGGCAGAACACUUCAUUGGAGAGAAAUUUCCAGACAGGUUCACAGACGGAACCAUGCUGAUAUCAAGGUUGAUCCACACAGUAGUGUACGGUACGAAAACUCGCCUGUUUGAGGUGACGUCCAGUGUACAGAAUGUCCUCCAUACAGAUUUCAUAGGAGUGCAUGCCCAGGCCAUUGCGUCAGUGCAGGCGUUUGCCCAUUGGUUAGGUCAGUAUCACAGCGAGUCCCAGCGCGUACAGGAAGAGAAGGAGAAGUUUGUCGCACUUCUCUCCUCACUGCUGGAUUCUCUCAUACCACUCAUCACUAAAGAGACACCAGAGAAGAUUAUCCACUCUGCUGUCCACUUGGUAUUAUCAGUGUCCACUACAGUCCGGCCAAGGUUCCUCCUCCAACUGACCAGUAUUCAGUCCAUGUUUCAGAUGGCUAGUCAGGGAGGCUACAACCAUCUUUCCAAUGAGGUUCAACUAUUACUGUACCGAGCAUUGAGUAACUGCCUGCUGUUGGCGUGGCCUAACUUACCGGAUGGAGAACAAGACUGGGGCAGUCGUGCUGCACACCACGUCACCUUUGUCAGUCAGCUGUCCCGUCACUUCCUUCAGCUCAAACCAAGAGUAGGAGCACUGGCCAAUAGCAAACCCCUGCAGGAAGAAGCUAAGCCAAUUAUCAAGAAAACACUUCAUGUUUUUGAGGACUGGAUUGAGGCUAUAGCGGGGGAGGUAGUGAGAAGUAAACAGUUGUGUUAUCAGUCUCUACAGGAAGUCAUACAGGUGGCGCUACUGGUCUUUCCUGUGUACCUUCAACAACCAGAUGUUAUUGAUAACUUCAUGAGUUUUUUCCUGGCAUUAUUCCAAGGAUUGAGGGUCCAGAUGGGAGUGCCAUUUACAGAACAAACAAUACAGACCUUUAUGGGGCUCUUCACCAGAGAACAGUUGGCAGAGACAAUCAGUCAAGGCAGCGGUGCAGCUCAACGAGUUAUAGAAAAAUUUCUAAAGAUCCUUGAGCUGAUUGUACAAGAGCCAGGCUCAGCAUUCAAAGCUUUCUUACCCAAUGUGAUAUCUAUAUGUAUGGACCAUGUGUAUCCCAUCAUAUCACAGCGCCCAACUCCUGAUAUCAAACAAGGGCUUUACGAGCUGCUCCACACUCUGUUGAUGAAUAACUGGCGACAUUUCUUCAAAGGGUCAGUUUUGACCAUGCUUCAAUCCAAAACUGAGGAAGUAGUGAAUGCUGGUCAGUUUACACUUAUCAUGCAGUCAUAUGGACAGUCCUUCCUGCAGUCUGAUAUAGAAGUGUUUAGACAGAACCUUAACUCCCUACAGCAGCUCAACUCUAAGUGGAAGCUAUACCAGAAGCCAAUCUUCAAGGAUGUGAUGUUGUUCCAGUUUAUAAGUGUACUUCUCCAAGUUCUAGUCCACAGGUCACAUGACCUGCUCCAGGAGGAGAUCGUCACGACAAUAUACAACAUGGCAUCUGUAGACUUUGGAAAAUUCUAUGCAGAAUUCUUACCACAGUUUGUAGGGGACUACGAUGGUCUGGACAAUAACCAAAAGACUAUAUUGGGCCAAAACUUUAGGCUCGAUCAGGAUUUGCCAUCAUUUACCCAGAGUGUACAACGCCUUGUGAAUGAUGUACGUUUCUACAGACUUGUGAACAGUAGUUUGCCAGAGGGCUCUGUCAAGUUCUAAUUGCUCAACUGUUAACAAUCUGUAUAUUAUAUAUAAGCUAAUGAAGCUGUCUUGUUGAGCUCCUAACAACCAAACAAUGAAGUUCCUGUAACGACUCCCAAACAGGGGGGAUGAUUGUUACAGUGAUUAACUUCACCAUCAACUUUAUAGGAUACCUAUACCACCUUGGAAUUGUUCAUCUUUAAUUUAAAUUUUAGAUUUUGUACUUUUUACUACCAGGUAUUUUUCAGAAAAUUAAAAUGAAAAUUAUGUUGAAAAGAGUAUAAUGAAUUAUAACCUGCAACAUAGUUGGCUCAUGGUUUGAAACCUGGCAUGAUAUAAUUAACCUGGCAUGGUAUAAUUUACCUGACAUGGUAUAAUUUACCUGGCAUGACAUAAUUAACCUGACAUGGUAUAAUUUACCUGGCAUGAUAUAAUUAACCUGACAUGGUAUAAUUUACCUGGCAUGAUAUAAUUAACCUGACAUGAUAUAAUUACCUGGCAUGAUAUAAUUUACCUGACAUGGUAUAAUUACCUGGCAUGAUAUAAUUAACCUCGCAUGGUAUAAUUACCUGGCAUGAUAUAAUUUACCUGGCAUGGUAUAAUUACCUGGCAUGGUAUAAUUUACUAGACAUGGUAUAAUUAAUCUUGACACUUGGUAUAAUUAAUCUUGACACUUGGUAUAAUUUACCUGGCAUGGUGUAAUUUAUCUGACAUGAUAUAGUUUACCUGACAUGGUAUAAUUUACCCGACAUGAUAAAAUUUAUCUGCCAUGGUAUAAUUAAUCUUGACACUUGGUAUAAUUAACCUGGCAUGGUACAAUGUAUCUGGUAUAAUUUACCUGGCAUGGUAUAAUUAACCUGACAUACUGUAAAAUUUACACUGACAGUGAGGUUGGUUGUUUAGUUUUGUUGAAAUGAAGAGUUAAAAACAUGAAUUUCAAAGAACUUAUUAAAAGUAAGACAAUUUACUCCAACAGUUUUUGACAGUAUUAUUAUGUAAAGAUUGCAUUUACUGAAAUGUUCAUUGUGCCAAUGUAGAUAUGUAUCAAACUUUCUUUUAAUUUGGUAUUCUCCGAGUCUUACCUAGGUGUUCCAGACCAGCAAUUGAGGGUACGUGUUGACAAAAAUAGGGUAAAAUAGGCAGAACAAAACCAAAAAUAGGGCCAAUAUUUAUUAAUGGCAAUACAUCUUCUUUAGAUUGGUCUAUUUAACACGUGUUGAGAGUCGACACAUUAGUUGGCAAGCAGUUUCAAAACUAUGCAAUACAAUUACAAUUGAAAUAUGGCGAGAAAAAAUCUGAAAGGUAAACAAAAGACAAAAAUUGUUAAUAAUAUCAGGAAGUCCUCAUUGAAAUUUUAAAGGUUUUAUGAUGAAUUUUUAAGAGAGCACAUCAUUAUUUUAAAUACAUGUUCCUGUGAUAUUUCUUACAAUAAAUACUCUUUAUAAAUGAAUUCAAAGUGCAUUUUCCGCUGAAUAUUAUCAAUCCUAAGUUUUUGAAGUUUUAAGAAAUAUUUUUUGAAACUUGUGUUAUAAUUGUUCAUUGUAUGUACCGUUUUCCAGUUCCACAAUUACUAUAAAGAAAAUUGCGACUGGCAACCAUGUGCUUGUCAGUUGCGAGAUUAUCAUAUGGUUGUUUACUUGAGUAAAACAUUUAUGAUAUACUUAACUAUUGCUUUGUUCAUCAUUUGUUGGUCUAGAUAUAAUGAUAAGUAAAUUACCAAGUGACCAAUGAAUGGCUGUCACUAGCAGUGUGGUGAUGCUGAGUAAAGAAACACCUCCCUCCACCGAUCACUGUUUAAGUCUAAUUACCGUCCAUUGCAACAGGUACUAUAUUAUGUAUAGGCGACAAUGACUGGCUGACAGGUAGUGGCUUCCCAGAUAGCAUUGCUGUCAGGGGAGUGGGACACACACACUAAAUCGGGGACACAAUGAAGAAUCAUGUGUGAUUACUAUCCGGCGGGGACCUUUUAGGGAUGGUCAUCUAGCGGUCCCACCCACUGAAGUAGGGCUCUGGAACACCUAUGGUCUUGUAUUAGUAUGUGACUUUUAUAAUACUCUAAUAUUACUUUGUAUAUUCAACUAACAAGAUCGGGGCAUACAUGUUUUAAAAUAUUACUUUAUAUUUUCAACUAACAAGAUCGGGGCAUAAAUGUUCAUUAUAUAAGAAUCUCUGUCCUUCAUUCUGUCCGUGAAACCUUACUAUCACAACUCUUCCAACUCCUCAUCUUGGAUUUCAUUGUAAAUUUCAAAAUGAAAUUACAUCACAUGUAAAUGAGAGUAUUCACUGGGGUCCUGGUCCAUGAGAAGGUAAAAUGGUGUAAAUUGUAACUUGGUAUCAAUUUAUGCUGCAGUCAUUCCCCUUGGUAAUAGAAGAGCUUGUAUUGUAAAACGAUUAUAAAACAGUAUGUACACUGCAUACCCAAGGUGAAGUUUGAAAGAGUCAUUGUUUUUCUGCAUAUGUAGCAACAUUUUGGGGACUUUGUGCUUGAUGAUAUAAUUGGAUAAUUCAAGUUUGAUCCCUAUUCGGUUUGCCAAGCAGAUGUGUAUCUUGUCAUAAAUGAUGGUGCUAGGAAAUCCAGUUAAUCCCUGAAGGUCUGACAGCUGGUGAAUAUUGAACAGCCAUUCCUCAUUACCUAUAGUACAAGGUGAAUUAAACUAGACGAGGAAAAACAUUAACCAUGUAGAUAUAAUAUUGUCUAGAACCUGGUGAAAACUCAUACUGGACAAACCAAUCUGACAUUACAGUGUAUACCACAAAUAGUGGUGUGUUACACCAUAAAGUGUGAAACACUUGGUGUGGAGUUUUAUAACAGGUUAAUGUUAAUUAGGUCAUGUCUGUGAUUUUGUGGAUGUACAGUGCUCUCUUUGUAAAAGUUCAAGGUUUCAAACCUUAGAUCAGUUUUGUCAUUUGUAUGUUAAGGUGCUGCUUUUGAGGUUAGAAAUAAAAUGAUCUACAAUUGUAA